AUGCCGGGCCUCCGCCGGUUCCUGCCGCCGCCGCUGCUGCUGCUGCUCGCCGCGCUCUGCCCGCCCGCCCUGAGCCUCCGCGAUGGGCCCUCCAGGAUCGCCGUGGUGGGCGGUGGGAUCGGUGGCUCGGCCGCCGCGUAUUUCCUGCGGCAGAAGUUCGGCCGUGGCGUGCAGCUGCACGUGCUGGAGAAGGCAGCGGUGGGCGGCCGGCUGGACACGCUGGACAUGGAGGGGGCUACCUAUGAGGCAGGGGGGUCUGUGAUCCACCCCCUCAAUCUGCACAUGAAGCAUUUUGUCAAGGAGUUGGGCCUCUCGGUCGCCUCAGGUCAGGGCAGCCUCGCGGGCGUUUACAACGGAGAGGAAUUUGUGUUUGAGGAGAGCAGCUGGUCCUUCAUCAACCUCCUCAAGUUGCUCUGGCACUAUGGCCUCAACCCCCUGCGCAUGUCCAUGUGGGUGGAGGACAUCCUGGACAAGUUCAUGAGGAUCUACCGGUACCAGAUGCACGACUACGCCUUCAGCAGCAACGAGCGCCUGCUCCACGCCCUGGGAGGCAACGACUUCACCCGGCUGCUCAACCAGACCAUUGAUGAGGCCAUGCAGAAAGUGGGCUUCUCCCAGAAGUUCAUCAAUGAGGUGGUUUGUCCAGCCAUGAGGGUGAAUUACGGCCAAGGGGUCACCAUCAAUGGCUUUGUAGGUGCUGUGUCCCUGGCCGGGGUGCAAUCGGGGCUUUGGUCUGUGAAAGGGGGGAACAAACUUGUCUGCUCUGGCCUCAUCUACUCCUCCAAGGCCGAGGUUAUCCCGGGAACCGUUGUGUCCAUAGAGCCAAAAACCAGAGCCAGGCGUGGUGGGGACCCAGUGAAGCUCUACCAGGUCACCUACAACACGUCCUCGGGGCUGACGGGGGACACGUACGACAUCGUCAUCAUCGCAGCCCCGCUCGGCCGCAAGAUGGCCAACAUCACCUUCCGCAGCUUCGACCCUCCCAUCCCGGAAUUCCCCAAUCCCUACCACCAGACCGUCACCACCUUGGUGCACGGGCGCCUGAACGCCUCCUUCUUCGGCUACCGCGACCCCCAGGCUUUUCACCUGGGGGCCAUUUUCACCACGGACAACCCCAAACUGUUCAUCAACAGCCUGGGCGUGGUGUCCCCCGUGGGGGACACGGAUGCGGGUGGGAAGCUGCCCUUGCAGUCGGCCGUCUGGAAGGUGUUUUCCAAGGAAGAGCUCACCAAGGAACAGCUCAAUUUGCUCUUCUCCUCCUACGACUCGGUGAAGGUGAAGCCGUGGUUGGCGUAUCCCCAGUACAGCCCUCCCGAGAAGUUUCCUCCCAUCAUCCUGCACGAGCAGCUGUACUACCUGAACGGGCUGGAGCGCGCCGCCAGCGCCAUGGAGAUGAGCGCCAUCGCAGCCCGCAACGCCGCCCUGCUCGCCUUCCACCGCUGGCACGGCCACAGCACCAGUGUCGACCAGGAGGACCUGCACGAGAAGCUCAAAACGGAGCUCUGA